AGUCCAACGCCGUCUUCCAUCCAGGAAAGGUGCAAUAAAUUUGUGCUCGCGCUUCCGAACUGAGUGCAAUUGCAAUUCGUCGCGAACAUCGCCAUCAAGCAACGACGCACAUCACCACCAUCAUCAUCAUCAUCAUGAAGAAGAGCUCCAAUUCGAUAAACGGCCACAUUAGUUUCACGAACAUUUCUCAUUAGCCGUCGUCGCGUUAGGGAAGAAGGUUUUAUUGCAGCCCUAAAGAGGAACAAUGUUGACUUGGAUGCGCUUCGGUAGAUCUCUGUGCGCUCGCUAAACUGACUGAUUGGCUCAGACGUUGCGUUUUUUUUAUCGCUCGUGGCCCAUUAUCAGAGGUGGAAGAAUACAACAAGCCGGCUCUUGUUGAGUUCCGAGUCUUCGGUGCAGUUGCAGAACAGAUCAGAACGGAAUCAGACUUCGGCGCUUGCUACCUUGCCUUGGAAACAGAAAAGACUUUCUUCGGUAUUUGCGCCUUCGAAUGCGGAGAUAACGUCGAAGAGGAGUGCUUCGCAAAAAGUUUUGAAGACCUGUGAACUAUCCCUAUCUGUUGUGUGCGGUGUGAGUUCAAUUCGGGAUCAUGUCGUCACUCAUGGACAAAAACAAGCUCCCGGGACUGGACGGGCGCUCCAAAAUGUUCCUCCGGAGUAAUUCGUUCCAGAAGCUGUGCUCACUGGCCCAUCCAAUGCGGCUCAAAGGUUUCAAAUCCAACAAGGAAGCCCUCAAGUCGGUUUUCGAAUCGCUCAUCGUCACGACACGUGGCGUCCUCCAGUCGGUCACGUACAGAAUCCUGGGCUUCCUAUUUCUGACGCCGUUCAGCAAGCUGGUUAGCGGAACGCUGGAGUCGGUUACCAAGGAUGGCCGAUUUAAAACCGUUCGGUUGUUCCUCAGGUUGACCCUGUCGAUGAUCAUCUCCACCGAUAAGUCCGAAUGUGACAAUGGACGCUUUGACUGUCCUACGGAGGAUGAACCGACUAGUCGCUUAGUUGACUGCGUGGAUACCGCUGUCCAGACUGAAGAUCGCCUCGAUUCUUCGGAAACUGAAGAGCUCGCAGCGGAACAAUUCUUCGACUGUAAGGAAGAAUCCCAGGACACUGCAUCAGCGAAAUUAUCCACCGAGGAGUUGCGGCACAGAUUACUGGAUAAUUCGUCGCAAGACAAAGUGUCGCAGAAUAAUCAACUCCCCCUCAGACUCACCGUUUACACCUGCAUAGUAGGCUGUUUCGUCCAGCUAUCAGCGCUCGCCUACUUGUUGAACGUGGCCGCGAGCAUUCCGCCAGGGUUGGUGUUUCUGAUUGCGGCGCUUGGCUACAUCGGAUACGUGAUGAUGAGGAUCACGUUCAACCAAUGCUCCCCGGCGGAACCGAUGCACACAAAAGCCCCUGUAGAACCUCCCCGCAAAAAGUCAACCGCAACCAAAGGAAUUCAUCCCAUUUUGGCCGCGGUAAGCAAACAAGUGUCUACGGUGCUGCAGAGCAAGCAGAUGAUGAUGGUCCCCGUCAGUAAUGGCAGCCGGAUGAGCCGUUGCGACAUUCCACCCAGAAGCAGAAGCAGGCCUUCUGCUCCGAGGCUGCUUUGCACGGAUGAUAAAACCAUCAGCAAAAUAAAACUCCUCUAGGAGAAGGUGGGGAGUGCCCGAAAAAAUGCUAACAAGGCUUCCAUCGGCUUCGAGAUGGGAGACACUUUCAAUGCCAAAAACUCGGAAACCAUCACGCGAAAGGAAGUGGAGGCAACUCUCCGUAUCCAAUCAGCUAUCAUCACACUAGGAACAUACUGUGGCACACGGACCGAACAUGAAACCAAUAUUGAAUCGUAUGGAAGUGGGGCCCUUUUUCCCAUCGUACUGCAACCGUAAUGUGACAUUAGAGACCCCUUGUAUCCCUCCCGAUCGGCCUGGAAGUGUAAUUCAGUGGAAAAAUUGUCAUGUAGAAAAUAAUAUCAUAAAUCGAACCCCUCACACUUUCCUCCACACCGGCCUCAAUUCGCGUCCAACCGAACUGAUUGGAUGCACGUUUGUUGAAUAAAAAAUGGCUCCCAGGAAAAAAAAAAACAAUUCUCACACCCCUCACAGACAUGGAGUGCAUAGUGACGAGGGUCAUUCGGGGCCUCCCUCAAAAGUCAUGCAAUCAUGCAUAUACACGGCAUGCAAACAGGCCGGAGACAAUGUAAAUCGAUAGACUUUUAUAUGCGCCGAUCGCAAUUGGAUUUGUUUGUUUUGGAUUGUCCUUUUCAUUGUCACUCAAACCAUCCCUGUUUGGGCACGGUUGGAGAUCAUGUCGGGGAUCACUAACAGAAGGGGGCGAUGAUAGGUGUUUGGAUGAUAUCUGUCACAGGUUUGUUUUGGAUGUCUUCAUUCCGAAUUUGGAUUGAAAUGUGCACGUGAUGUAAUAUAUAAUACGUAGAUAAAUGCCCUUGUGAUGCACAUUGAUAGUAAGAAGACUCAGUGGAACGAUGGUUUUACAUAUUUUGUCGAAUAUAUUAUGAUUUAAUUAUUAUACGCUAUGCUUCAAAAAUACAGUAAAAUAUACACUAUUUAUGUAAGUAUUCGUUGAACUAGA